AUUAGUGUAUUAUCAUGGCGGUGAUUGGUCCUGGUUAUCUGUAGAUGUGUAUGACGGAGCAACAAGGGCACUAGCUAAACGAGUUGGUAUGGUUGUAGUUUCUGUGAGUUACAGACAGUCACCAGAGCAUCCUCAUCCAAUACCCUUCGAAGACUGUUUAACAGCAACUAAGUACGUCGUCAAUAAUGCAAAAUCCUUACAUGUAGAUCCGUCACGUGUAGCCAUUUCCGGUGACAGUGCAGGAGGCCAUUUAUCAGCAGCCGUUGCUAUGGCAAUGAAGAAAGAAAUCAAAAUGUCUGUCCCAAUUUAUCCAUGUUUACAAUUAUUUGAUCUACAAACACCGUCAUAUAUUGAAAAUAAAGAUUACAUUCCAGGAAUGCUUACCGAUGUGUCAAUGUUGACAUAUUGGCUAAAUUAUGGAAAUAUCAGUUACAACUAUAUUGAUGAUAUCUUAGCUAACAGACACACAUCCCAAAAACUUAAAGAAAUAUUGUAUGCUAAAUAUGUUAGUCCAGAUUGGUACAUGACGGAACAUAUAAGAACACCUAGUUUACGAAAUAUGAAGAAAAAAACAAAUUUUGGAAAAACUGAAUUAUCAGAUAAAAUACAAGAGACAAUUUUAAACCCUGAUUUUUCACCUUUGAUGGUGCCGGACGCAAAAUACAAAGACUUGCCGCUUACGUAUGUGUUAACAGCCGGAUAUGACGUUUUACGUGAUGACGGACUAAUCUAUUAUCAGCGCCUAAAAACGAUUGGUGCUAAAGUGCAUUUGGCACAUUAUGCAGAUGGUUUUCAUGGUAUGAUUUUCUUUUUUGACGGUCCAAUGUCAUUUCAAGUAGGAACUCGUGCAAUGAAUGACCUUGUUAAAUUUUUGAAGAAAAAUUUAUUAUAAUGUGCCUUUUAUUUUAAAGAUCUGUUAUUGUCUAGAUUAUAGAUUUAUAUGCAAGGGAAUUGUUGCGAAGAAAUAAAAAUAUCUUAAAUA